AUGUCCAGCUCUUCUCGCCACCAACCUCCUUCUAUUCCCUCAACCACAAGUCUAAACCAGUCCACUAGUCUACGCAGCGCACGUCGCCCACCACCUCCGGUCACCACAGUCGUUACUUCUCCUCCAUGGGCUCGCGACGAGCCUCCAUCACCUACAGAGAAAGCAGAUCACACUAUACAUGGCGCUCAUCCAGAAUUCCGUCAAUCAGAUAUUGCGUCACUCCAAUCCAAUGCCUCCAAUCCACCGUCUAGAUGGUGGACUUUUACCCACCCACGAGUACGCGACCCCUCCCUUGAUAUCGACACCGGCCCUCCUAGGCCCGUCAGGAGGAAUUUCAGGGAUCGCUCAAUGUCAUGGCUUCCCACUUCUGCGAGCGCACGUGAAGGAGCGUCUUUCACUCGUAAAGGGAAGGAAAAAGAGACCGAUCCUGGAGAGCAUAUCCCACCGGUUAUUCGCCUCCCAUCCGAGCCUUCCGCGCCAUAUACUUUAGCUCACGCCGUGACUCCUGGUUGGGAUAUACCAUGGUCCUCCCGUCUAGCAGCUCAGGGGCCGCUACGCAAUCAUGAGAACUCCUACCCGUUUGAGAAUGAAAAUGAUGAAGAUGAGGAAAGUAACAAGGAUGUUUCUCUUUGGGGCAAAAGGAAACGGCGGCUUCGUAAUUUCAUUCUAACCAACACAUAUGUACCACUGUUGUUCCGCUUUAUAAACAUUGCGUUUACGACCGCUGCCCUUGGCAUGGCCAUCCGAAUAAGAGAGAUCGAGUUCAAGCAUAAUGCAAUGGGAGCCGUAGGCAGCUCACCAACCGUAGUCAUCAUUUUCGCCCCCUUGACUCUUGUGCAUGUGAUGAUAGCGAUCUACCUCGAAUAUUUUGGCCGUCCAUUGGGGCUCUGGCGCACAUCUGCCAAACUGGCUCACACCCUGUCUGAAGUCUUAUUCAUCUGCGCAUGGUCUGCAGCACUCUCCCUGUGUUUCGAUAACUUCUUCACGUCUCUGAUUCCCUGUGCCUCGGUUUCGAGCACAGCUUGGUACAACAAACUUCCCCGACCUCCGAGUGACAUACCAAACAGCGAGGGUUUUAUUGGUGAUCGAAUAUGCGACGCCCAACUAUCAUUAAUCUGUCUCGUUGGCGUUGGACUCAUCGCAUACUGCAUGAACCUUGUGAUCAGUCUUUUUCGUGUCGUUGAAAAGGUUAAAUAUCAUCCUUCAACGUAUACUCCGACCACUUAG